GCUCCUCCCUUGCAUAAACUUUCCCGUCCCUGCGCCUGGCUCCGUGCGCGGACCCGGGAGCCCGCCGCGCUCCCCGAAUUCCUGCCGCGCCCCGCCCCGGCCCGGCCCCGGCCCCGGUCCGGCCUCGGUCCGGUCCCGGUCCCGGUCCCGGCACCCACGGCCGGCCCAGCCCCUCCGGAGCACGGAGCAGGUUGUCACGUGUCCGUGGGGGCUCGGGGUCGGAGCCCAGAGCAGCCAGCACCAUAGCGUCCAACAGCUGGAAUGCCAGUGGCAGCCCCGGGGAGGGGCGGGAAGAUGGCCAGGACGGCAUGGACAAGAGUCUGGACAAUGAUGCCGAGGGUGUGUGGAGUCCGGAUAUCGAGCAGAGCUUCCAGGAGGCGCUGGCGAUCUACCCGCCCUGCGGCCGGCGGAAAAUCAUCCUCUCAGAUGAGGGCAAGAUGUACGGUCGUAACGAACUGAUAGCCCGGUACAUCAAGCUGCGUACGGGGAAGACACGGACAAGGAAGCAGGUGUCCAGCCACAUACAGGUUCUAGCUCGGAAGAAGGUGCGGGAGUACCAGGUUGGCAUCAAGGUCUCUAGCCACUUGCAGGUUCUUGCCCGGCGGAAAUCUCGUGAGAUUCAGUCCAAGCUGAAGGCCAUGAACUUGGACCAGGUCUCGAAGGAUAAGGCUCUGCAGAGCAUGGCUUCCAUGUCCUCCGCGCAGAUUGUGUCGGCCAGUGUCCUGCAGAACAAGCUCAGCCCCCCGCCUCCCCUUCCUCAGGCCGUCUUCUCUGCUGCCCCCAGGUUUUGGAGUGGCCCUAUCCCAGGACAGCCUGGACCCUCUCAGGACAUUAAACCAUUUGCACAACCAGCUUACCCCAUCCAGCCACACAUGCCUCCAUCACUAGCCAGUUAUGAGCCCUUGGCUCCACUCCCGCCAGCCGCCUCGGCCGUGCCCGUCUGGCAGGACCGCACCAUUGCCUCCGCCAAGCUCCGGCUCCUCGAGUACUCCGCCUUCAUGGAGGUGCCGCGGGACGCUGAAACGUACAGCAAACACCUCUUCGUGCACAUCGGCCAGACGAACCCCUCGUACAGCGAUCCGCUGCUAGAGGCCGUGGACAUCCGCCAGAUCUAUGACAAGUUCCCUGAGAAGAAAGGUGGCCUCAAGGAGCUCUAUGAGCGUGGACCCCAGAACUCCUUCUUCCUUGUCAAAUUUUGGGCGGAUCUGAACAGCACGAUCCAGGAUGGGCCAGGAACUUUCUAUGGUGUCAGCAGCCAGUACAGCAGUGCAGAGAACAUGACCAUCACAGUCUCCACCAAGGUCUGCUCCUUUGGGAAGCAGGUCGUGGAGAAGGUGGAGACGGAGUACGCGCGGCUCGAGAACGGCCGGUUCGUCUACCGCAUCCACCGGUCCCCCAUGUGCGAGUACAUGAUCAACUUCAUCCACAAACUCAAGCACCUCCCAGAGAAGUACAUGAUGAACAGCGUCCUGGAGAAUUUCACCAUCCUGCAGGUCGUUACAAACAGGGAUACCCAGGAGACCUUGCUCUGCAUCGCCUUCGUCUUCGAGGUCUCUACCAGCGAACAUGGCGCCCAGCACCACGUGUACAAGUUGGUCAAGGACUAGGGGCCCUCAGGAUGGGGUCACGAGGGGAGAGCAGGGCAGGGGGGCAUGCAGAAAAGCCACCCGUGGCCAUUGCCUCGUGAGAAGUCAUUUGAAGAGAGGAGGAGGAGGAAGGAAAACAGUAGCCAAAAAAGACUGACUUGCAAUCGCAGAUGUUUUCUACUUAGGAAGAGUUUCUUUUUUUUAAAAAAAAAAUAUAAAUAAAAAUAAUUAAAAAAAAAAAAAAAAAAAAAGAAGAAGGGGAAAGGAAGCAUAGGGAGAAAAGAAACCAGUGUCUGGUGCUGGAUGGGAAGUGAUCGGCCCCAUCAGAGUGGAGGACAACCCCUCCUGUCCCCCUUGCUCCGGCGCGGUGUGGGGCAGAGCAGCGAGCGCAGACGGGCCGGAGGACGCGGCGUCGUGCCGGCGUGGUCUGAAACUGGUUGGCGCAGCCACAGCGUCGGAGCUGCCUGGCAGGGCCUGGCGCUGCGGGUGACAGUGAGGACGUGGGGACAGCUGUGCCAGGGCAGGGCAAUGAGGAGGACGUUGCUGCCUCCCUGGGGACCGGGCCUCAGGGUGCUCCUCUGCGCCCAUCCGGGCACGGGCAGUGCUGAAGGUGGGAGGGCAUUGACGAUGCAAACACUUUUUAUGGCUCUUUUUUUUUUCCCCCCUUUUUUUUUUAAAAAUAAAGUGCUUUUAAAUACUUUUUUAAAAAGACACCAUGCAUGUAAUCGGGAUUAUGUCCCUGUAUGGUGUCUGGGACCUGCUCCCCUUCCCUCUGUGCCGGUGACCGGAGGAGGUGACACAGCUGAGUUUGUUGGGUCGGAGCUGUGCAGCAAAACCACUGGGCACAGGGAGCUGGCCUCGAUGGCUUGGGGGGGGUCUCCAUCACCUCUCCGGGGUCACUGAACACCGGAGGCUGUUUAUUUUACGCGGCGGCAGGAUCCCCCGAGCUCUGUGUGCGCUUUCAGGGAUUGCACUUGGGGGGUGGCUCCGGCUAAAUGUGUCCCCCCCAUGGUUGCUUGCUGAGGAGUGAUGAGAGAGCAGUGAGGGCGGAUUUGCCUGAUUUACUUUGCAUGUGUACAUUUUCCGGUUUUGUUUUUUCCCCUUUUUUCCUGUUUUCUGCGUUGACCGGUUUCAGCUGCUCCUGCGGCCGCUCCGGCUCGCCGCGACCCCACGGGGACAGCUGGGGACGCCGCUCAUGCAGGGAGAAGCACGUUGUGCAGUGCAGGGCCAGGCUGAGAGUGGGCAGAGGUGGGGAGAGGGACAGAGGACGGGAAGGACACCAGGACAGGGACUGGGUCUGCUCGGAAUUAUUUUUAUGGCUGCAGCCCAAAAUAAGGCAAGGCAGGGUGCAGGAGCAGAUGCAGAGGGACAGAGGGUGGGUCUCUAUGGUGGUGGCACGGAGCAGGGUAGCAGGGGGCUGGCAGGGGGACGGGGAGCCUGAGAUGGGCAGGUCUGGCUGCGUUUCUUGUGCUGGAGGGAGGUGCAGAGCCAGGGAGGGAGGGCAGAAGUGGUCCGAGGGUGCUGGAGCCCGGGAUGGGGGGGACGUGGAGGGUUAGGCUCGAUGCUGCAGGGUGCGGAGAAGCAGAAAUAGCCCAGAGCUCAGGAAAGGGCCUUGGCUGCCAUCACGAUGCCACGUGUCCCGUGAGGCAUGGGGACUGUCACCUCUCACUGUCAGGAGAAGCCACCCGGCCCCAUGGGACGGGGCAGAGCUGCCCCGGCCCUGCACCCAGGUGAGGACAUGGUGGUGGGGACAGAUGGGGACAGCCGCGGUGAGCGGGGUAAAAGGCAGGCAAAAAUCCAGGGGAAGGCGCUGGCAUCCCCUCCCGGGGCUGCGCUGGGGCUGCCCGGCCGAGUUCUCAUAUGUAGCAUGUUUGUUUGUUGUUUUGUGGUUCUUCUAUCUUUCUUUCAUUUCACUCACUGAUCUAAAACUCUGGGAAUGAAAACUCAGAACUUCCCCACCAUAAAACGCAGGUGUGCCCCAUCCCGGUGCCGGGGGACAGAGCUCUUCGUUAACUGGACCGGUUUGUGCCUCCAUCCCCAUAUCCCUCCUGCACCCCAACGGUCCCAGAGACACUUUCUCAAACCCCAUCCGAUCCCUCUGUUCUCCUCCAGUGUAUUUAUGAAUUUCACAUGAAGUACUGUUUAUUUUUUUAAAGACUUUGUAAAGCUUACCAGGGUUACAAUCACCAUUUUUAGAGCUGUGUCAGUCCACAAUGUUAAAAAUCCAAUUUUUUAUGUAUUAUAUUUUUGUGUAUUUUUUUUAAUCCAGCUGUGAUGGGUUGUAUCAUAUAUUUGUUGUGUUUACUGUGUCUGUCCAACUUCAAAGAGAGGAGACUGUGGAGCUCCAAGAAAACUACGGUCUGCUGAAAAAGAUAUUAAAAUUAUUUGUUCAUGGGUUGGCUCAA